AACUGUCAUUUAGAGAGUGGACAUGAUGAGGAAGAGAGCUUGAAAACAAGAAUUAAACGUCUCAAGAAGUAUCAUAAACAACUUUUAAAGUUACUAUUGUAGUUGUUAGAGCUUACAUCGUCAUGUGUUAGUAUCUUACAGAGAAGCAGCAACUUUGGCAGUACGUCUUUCUUCCUGUGAUAGGAAUUACAGCCAGUUUCGAAGGAUGUCAGCCCCCAGCAACUCGCUCCAGCAGCCGAGGGUAAGACGCAGCAAUGCGGGCUCCCCCGGCUCCUUCAACAACAACAGCAGCAGCUGCCGUUUGCACCCCAUCCGAGCCACCGUGCCCUACCAGCUCCUGCGCGGGGGUCCGAGCAGCCCCACGCGGGGGUCGCAGACCCUUUACGGUGGAACCACGAACAGCCGAGGCUCCAGUCCCCCUUCCAGUCCCUCACUCAUUUCGGGAAGUGCAAAUGCUAAGCAAAGACUGUCCCCCGAAAAUAAGGACUCCUCAUGUCCUCCAGACUCUCCGGUUUCCAGAGCAGAAAGGUCCAAGUUACAGGUUCGAAGCUCCAGUGCCAUCAGGCGGACAUCUUCACUGGACGCCAUCACUGGGCCGUACCUCACCGGCCAGUGGCCUCGAGACUCCCACGGACCCUACCCCUCCUGUAUGAAAGACAAAGCCACACAGACUCCGGGUCUGUGGGUUGAUGAGGGAGCAGAACAGGGAAGUCCUCACCAGCGGUCAGCCUCCUGGGGCAGCGCGGACCACCUGAAAGAGCAGAUUGCUAAACUGAGACUGCAAUUGCAGCGCAGCAAGCAGGUCAGCCGUCAGAGCAAAGACCGGGAGCAGAGCUCUCUGCAGCUGCAGCAUCAGGCGCAACAUGGCACUACCUGCCCAUCACAGGUGAGCUAUUCAUACCAGGUCACACACAGUCACUGCUGCCAUGCUCUUUUCAGUAAUGAGAGCCAUAUCCCAACUUCAAAUAAGAAAUACUACUCCUACUUUACUACCGAGGACGGCCUGUGCAGUUCUCCUCUCCCCAAAUUUGCCACAUCUCCCAAACCUAACAACAGCUACAUGUUCAAACGGGAACCUCCAGAGGGCUGUGAGAAGAUCAAAGUGUUCGAGGAGAUGGUGUCUGGCAAAUCAAAAGGCUUCCCUCUCUUCUCGUGCCCCGACAAAAACAAGGUGAACUUCAUUCCCAGGGGGUCGGCCUUCUGCCCUGUCAAACUCCUCUGCACCUCCCUCUUCUCCCCCGUCUCUCCCUCGUCCUGCUCCUCCGCCACCCCCAGUCUCCAUGGCAACGACAGCCCAGGGCCUCAGGUGACCCCAGCUCUGCCCUGCGCACCACUAGCUACCUUUGCGGCCUCGGCUGACUGGAGCAGCGCCCCGAGCACAGGCCCAGAGAGCCAGAGCCCCGACACAGAGGCAGGGACAGAUGGCUCAGCACAGCUUGUCCUCACCAGCUAGUUCUCAGGUAUCUCUAACCAAACCACUUGCUAUAGUUAGGUGGUAUGGAUCCAAAAACUAAAAACAAAAAAAAACCUUGCACUUAUAUUAACGUUAGCCAGCAGGGAGUAUCCAGGUCGAGAAAGGACAAACACCAAGUGGGAUAACGGUACCAGCAUCCUGCUGCACAGGCUCGGUGGUUUGGUCGUUGUGAGGAGUGUUCUGACCUUGGCCCCGCCUCCUUUCACCCAUCACUAACCUAGCCUUCUGCUCUGUACUGUGACAAAACACCCAUAACAAAAACAGCUACGCCUUCCUUGCAAAACAAAAUACUACUGCUAUAAUAAUUGUGACAGAUGACAAUAUUUUCAAGACUAAAUUACAAAAAAAAGAAAAAUGUUCAACCAUCACAACAGACCGCUAUGAAGUAUCAGAGAAAUUCUACUACUGUUAGCUAGCAAGAUAAUCUUAAGCACAUAUAUGUGAGCUUUUUGACAGGGUGGGUAAUGCACGAUUCAUGUAUUUAGUAUAUCAGGAUGCCUUGCAGUCGGAGUACAUCACCCCACAUUAACUACAAUGUUUGCACUUGUUAAGACAUGGCUCAGAAUUAUACAGGCCAUGGCCUGUUUGUUUAUGUUAAAGUAUUUGUAGCACAAUGUCUUAGUGAAAGCAGCAGUUGCUUCAGCGUUGCACCCAGCAGGCCGACAGGCCGAGAUCUGCUUUUCUGGUCUGCUCACUAUUAAUGAGCUCAACACAAAAUAUCAGCCGUUUCUCACUGACCAAAUAACCAAUCACAAAGCACACAACCCCCCCAUUGCCUUGUUUUAUUGCCCCACAUUACACAGAAUAAUAACUCUGGUCAUGUGGAAUGUAUUUGCUUGGACUAUGUUGCCUUUCCCCGGUGUGUAUGACCUUCUGAAGACAUUCCAGUCUUUUUCCAGAAAUGUUGAGUGUUUUCACUCGAGGGGGAGAUAAUUAGAGACUGAAUCGACCAAUUGGUGUCACACCUUGUGACUGAGGACUUUUGCGUUAACUUGUUCAGGUUAGAGUUUCAGGUGCUACGACACAUUCCAGAGACGCUGUUGCAUAGGUCAACCGUGAGGACUUGAGUUAGCAGAGCUAGCUGCAUAAGCUACACCCUCCCAAACUGAGAAGGUGACAGUUAUGUCAUCUGAUUAUCCCCUUAGUUAAAUAAGUACCAAAGCAAAUUGCAAAGCCAAGACAGGCAUGUCUUGGCUUUGGGACACAACAGGCACAAUGUCUGUGCCAGAAGCAGAAUGUUUAUGUGCAUUUUGUUUUGUUUACAAACAUUUUAGCUACAUAUAAACACUGGUUCUAAGUGUUUUAAACAAACGCGAUAAUCAUUGAAGCCUUAGCACUUACUUGGAAGUGAAAUGAUAAUCACUAUUUUUUAUUUAAGACUAUUUUAUAAGUUAAAAAAAUCAGACCUUUAGUGUGCAAUUGAUUUUUGUUUGUAUUAAAGCUACACUUACAAUUGUUGUGUAACAGUUACACAGUUUGACUCAAGAUACAGAUCCAGCCAGAUGUGCCCUUACGUUACCUUAAGCUUUAUCACCAGCCCAUGCUCAACUAUUUAAAAUAGCAUGACUAUUUUAGACCAGGUGAACUUGAAUGGGAGUGAUACAAUUGUAAAUGUUUCAUUCCAAAACGUCGGCCCUUCGCUCACCAAAACACACAUUUGAACAGAAUGCAACACGUUCUGCACAAAGUACGUUGAAAUCCUCUCCUCUGCUUGCAGCUUGAAGAGUUUCAAUCAUACUCUUUCUGAUUUGAUUCACACGCUCAUUGUGCAGUGCAGUUGAAAUGGUUGCCAUGUUUAGCAACGAUGACUCAGUUCUCUUGUGUACAAUGCAUUUUUAUGUAGAUCGUGUGUGUGUGUGUUUUUCAAUAAAGAAAACCAAAAAAAGUC